GGAGGAGGGGAGGGUUUAUGUGGCGGCAGUGCGGGCGGCGGGGGCACUGCUCACAGGGGCGAGUCCCGCCACUCAUCCUGCGCGGACAUGCACCGGUGGCGGCCAGCUGUCCCUCGGGGCUGCGCCCCCGCGCCUGGGCUCUGAGUGCCUUCAGGCACCCGGGGCGCACAGCACCGAGCCGCCACCGGCUCCGGACCCGGCAGCCAGCAUGCGCGGGGCCUGGGUGGCUGCCGCCGCCCUCCUCUGGCCACAGCUCGCGCUCUUCGGGGGCGUUGGGGCCCGGCGGGAGCCCAAGAGGCCACGGCAGCCCAGCCAGCACCCCGCAGCCCCCAACGCAACCACGUCCAGCAGUGAGGGGCUACUGGGCUUCCCCAAGCUACCCGGGGCCUCAGGGCCUGAGUUCACAGACGCCCACACAACAUGGCUGAACUUCGUCCGGCGCCCCGAUGACGGGGCCUUGAAGAAACGGUGCCGCGGGCAGGACAAGAAGUUGCGAGGCCUCUCUGGCCCCCCAGGGCCUCCUGGCCCCCCCGGUCCCCCAGGACCCCCCGGUGUGGAAGUCACCCAGGCGGCUGUGCUGCAGGAAUUCCAGGAGCUGCUGAAGGAGGCCACUGAGCGCCGCUGGUCCUCGGAGCUCUUGGGCCCGGUGCUGCCCGAGGGGAUGGGCAGGUGGCUGGUGGCUGAGGCCUUCCACUGUCAGCUGAAGGGUCCGGUGCUGGUGGAUAAGAAGACGCUGGUGGAGCUGCAAGGCUUCCAGGCUCCUGCUGCCCAGGGCGCCUUCCUGCGCGGGUCCGGCCUGAGCCUGGCCUCCGGUCGGUUCACGGCCCCGGUGACUGCCAUCUUCCAGUUCUCCGCCAGCCUGCACGUGGACCCCAGGGCGCUGCAGGGCAGGGCGCGGCCGCGGGCCCGGGGCUCCGUGCGGCUGCUGGUGUGCAUCGAGUCCCUGUGCUAUCGCCACACGUCCCUGGAGGCCACGUCCGGCCUGGAGAGCAGCGGCAGGGUACUCACGGUGCAGGUGCAGGGCCUGCUGCAGCUGCAGGCGGGACAGUACACCUCUGUCUUCGUGGACAACGGCUCCGGGGCGGCCCUCACCGUCCACGGCAGCUCCAGCUUCUCCGGCCUGCUCCUCGGCACGUGAAGGGCCCACGGGGCUCCGGGGGCGCCCCCCCCACGCCGCCCCCUGGUAAACCUGUGGUCACAGCAAUAAAGAG